UCGUCUUGAAACCCUUCGACCUUAGUCUUGAAACGCUCCCUUCGCAGUUAGCUGCAACUCUCUAUCUCUUACCCUCUGAAGCCCUAAUUUAUUCCGUCCCGUAAAAAUGCCUCAAGGGGAUUAUAUUGACCUUCAUAGAAAGAGGCAUGGCUACCGCCUCGACCAUUUUGAGAGGAAGAGGAAGAAGGAGGCACGUGAAGUGCAUAAGCGAGCUAGUUUUGCUCAGACGGUACUUGGUAUCAAGGGGAAAAUGUUUGCCAAGAAGCGGUAUGCAGAAAAAGCAUUAAUGAAGAGAACGAUUGCUAUGCAUGAAGAGAAGUCAACUAGAAGAAAGGUGGAUGAUAAUGUCCAGAAAGGAGCCAUUCCUGCCUACCUGCUUGAUCGUGAAACAACAACUCGUGCAAAGAUUCUUAGCAACACCAUCAAGCAGAAGAGGAAAGAGAGAGCAGGCAAAUGGGAGGUUCCACUACCCAAGGUGAGACCUGUAGCUGAAGAUGAAAUGUUCAAGGUUAUCCGCUCUGGUAAAAGGAAAACAAAGCAGUGGAAAAGAAUGGUUACAAAAGUGACAUUUGUUGGUCCUGGUUUCACAAGAAAACCCCCAAAAUACGAAAGGUUCAUCCGCCCGAGUGGUCUUCGGUUUACCAAAGCCCAUGUGACCCACCCUGAGUUGAAAUGCACAUUCAAUCUUGAAAUGAUAGGGGUUAAGAAAAAUCCCAAUGGUCCCAUGUACACUUCACUGGGCGUAGUGACCAAAGGAACUAUUAUUGAGGUGAAUGUGAGCGAACUUGGUCUAGUUACACCAGCAGGCAAAGUUGUAUGGGGUAAAUAUGCCCAAGUAACAAAUAACCCAGAGAACGACGGCUGCAUAAAUGCUGUUCUACUUGUCUGAGAAUGGCCACUGUUUUUCUUUAGGCAGAGAUGCUACAGUUUUGAUCCACCUUAUGCUUUCAUCGGCAAGUUUUUGGUAAUCGAAAGGCCUUCAUAGUAUGAUGUCGUGCCCAUGGAUGCUUUGUUAAGAAGUAGCCUUGUUUUAUAAUGGAACUUAAAAUAUUUUGUGAAAAUCAGGGACCUAAAUACACAUCUUACGCUGCUGAGACAUCUAUAUAUUUGAAUUCUAACCUCGAUGAAGCUGUAAUUAUUACACAUCACACAUCAGCUAUCUAUGCAAAUGUACUUUUUGUGCACCUUUUGUAUGAA